AUGAACCGAGGCACCGAGGUACGAUGCGAUGCCGCGAGUCUGGGUGUGCCAUGCACGAACUGCACCGCCUUCUCCAUAGAGUGCCGCAUCCCCACGCCAAAGCGGAAGAAGACCCAAGCGAGAACAAAAGAAUCGGAAAGUGAACUGGGUGACAGCCAGCCUGAUGACCGAUCGCCUGCACCAGUCACCCGAGACAAAACGACCGUAUACAAUUCGCCCGAUGGAACACCCUCGACUACCAUGUCCACUGCCUAUGCGGCCCAGCAGGCUACUCACAAUGGAACUUACGUACAAUUCAUGAAGCCCAAGUUUGCGAGGGCGCCAAUCAAGGAAGCCGGACGGGUCGCAUACUUGGGAGAGUCUUCGAACCUCUCGCUGUUGGUUCAUGAUCGCUAUGGAAAUACCGACGUCGUACACUAUCCGCUACCCGAGAAUGUUCGCGGCGCCAAAGCUAGAGUGAAUGAACUGGACAAUAUGGAAAUCGAUAUCCUCCACCAGCGCGGAGCAUUCUUGCUCCCACCUCGAGCAUUGUGCGACGAACUGGUCGACGCCUUCUUCAAAUGGGUUGCACCUGUUGUCCCCGUCAUCAACAGGAGCCGAUUCAUGCGACAGUACAGGGACCCCAAGAAUCCGCCCUCAUUGCUGCUCCUCCAAGCUAUACUGCUUGCCGGUUCUCGUGUCUGCACAAAUGCCCAGCUUAUGGAUUCAAAUGGUUCUACUACACCUGCUGCCAUGACUUUCUACAAGCGAGCUAAAGCGUUGUACGAUGCCAACUAUGAGGAUGAUCGUGUGACCAUAGUGCAAUCCGUCAUUCUCAUGGGUUGGUAUUGGGAAGGCCCAGAAGAUGUGACUAAGAAUGUAUUCUACUGGAGCCGAGUUGGUAUUGUCAUAGCGCAAGGCUCUGGCAUGCAUAGAAGUGUCGAGGGUUCGCAGCUGAGCAAGUCUGAUAAGCGCCUCUGGAAACGGAUCUGGUGGUCACUGUUCUCGAGAGAUCGGUCCGUGGCUGUUGCGCUUGGACGUCCUGUAGCAAUCAAUCCGGAAGACUCUGAUGUGGAGAUGAUUACAGAGGACGACUUCAUCGAGGACGAACCAGACCGGCCAGCCGAAUACCCGCCUGAACCAGUUCAUGUUCACUUCUUCAUCAAUUAUGUCAAGCUCUGUGAGAUCAUGGGGCUCGUUCUGUCCCAGCAGUACUCCGUGGCAUCCAAAUAUCGACGGACGAACGCCAUUGAUCUAACACACAGUGACAUGGCCCUAGCAGAUUGGUUACAGCAUUGUCCACCAGAAGUACAAUGGGACAGAUCGCACCAUCAUUUCUGGGCAGCACUGCUACAUUCAAACUAUUAUACUACUCUGUGUCUUCUCCACAGAGCACAUAUGCCACCAGCAGGAUCGCCCAAAAAUAACGGAAUAAAUGGCUUCGAAGAGCAUGCCUAUCCGUCGCGAAAUAUCGCGUAUCAAGCUGCUGCAAUGAUCACGUCCAUCAUCGAGAACCUGCGCGCACAUGAUGAGAUACGGUACACACCGGCUUUCAUAGUGUACAGUCUGUUCUCCGCCCUCAUCAUGCAUGUUUAUCAGAUGCGAUCUUCGAAUAAAAGCAUUGUGGCAGAAACUGAGAAGCGCCUCCACAUCUGCAUGGAUGCCCUAAAAGAAGUCUCUAAAGUCUGGCUUGUGGCGAAGAUGGUCCACACACUGUUCGAGUCGAUUCUUGGGAACAAGCAUCUCGAGGAACGCCUUCAAAAGGCAGCCGGUAAACGUCACCAGAAGAACAAACCUUCUGCCGCUCAUCAAGCCCCUCCCCCUCCCCGACCUACACAGGAACCGCCCAAACGAAAGUUCGACGACAUGGAUCUCGGCUUUUCUCACAACGGCCCACCAGCGCCGCAAGUUUCCUAUGAGCGAUCAAGGCCGCAGACGCCUGCCGUAACUCCAUCUAGAGAACUUCCACAACAGCAAAUGCCGCAGAUCUCAGCGUCUUCGCCGCAAAUGACACGGCAGAACAAUGACGCUUUCAUGGGUCCCUCGCGGUCUGGCACACGACCAACAACGCCAUUCAAUCCUUCACAUUCCUACCCAGGAACACCUCCAGAUUUGUUCCUAGUGACAAGGAAUUCCCCUAACAUCUCACAAGAGCUGUGGCAGAAUUUCCAGCCCGACCAGCUUUUCCCAGCUGACACGCAGGUCAAUUUCCCCCAGAUUUCUCCAGUACAGCAGCAUAGCCUUGUGGAUCCUGCUCUGUCGCGGCCUCAGUCCAUGGCAAUGCAUCCACAUAACAAUGGCAUGCAGCCGAUGGCAGGAGGUCAGAACAUGCAGAACGCCCAACCAGGAGUGUCCAUGCCUGGUUUCGACCAGAACGAUCCGCAGGCGUGGGCUCAGCAAAUGGAUAUGAUGGCCCAGAACCAACAAGGCGCUGCCACUGAUGAUGCCUGGAGCAACAGCAGUAAUGGCCGACAUAACCCCAUUGUGCCCACGACACUAAACGUGGAAGACUGGUACGUCUUCCUCCAAUCCAGUUCGACCGGUGUUCCCGAAGACUUGUUAAACCUCUACACCCCGGGACAACAAUUCUCUUAUAACGCUUAA